GUCUUCUCUGCAGUGUGGAGAGGGCUGGACCUGCGCUCCUGGGUUUUAAAACCACUGCCCCUUUUUCACAGAUUUACGCGAUUAUCGCAGUCAGAUUUAUUUUGAAGGAUCUGCAAGUUUCCUAGUGGCCUUUGAAGCGGUGGCUGCCUAUACAGACAAGUAUGUAUCCAGCUGGAGGGAUAUCUGCAAGCAUAUAUGCCAACAGGCUGCGGGCAGAAGGCAUGGGCUCCAAGGAGCAGGCUGUGCCCUUCUCCAACCAGGACUAUGAGGCGCUGAAGCAGCAGUGUGUGGAGUCGGGCUGCCUGUUCGAAGACCCCUGUUUCACCGCUGAGCCUUCAUCCUUGGGUUUCAAGGAGCUGGCCCCCUAUUCCUCCAAAACUAGAGAUGUGGAGUGGAUGAGGCCCACGGAACUGACAGAUGACCCUCAGUUCAUUGUGGGUGGUGCCACGAGAACGGACAUCUGUCAGGGGGCGCUGGGUGACUGCUGGCUCUUAGCAGCUAUCGCCUCUCUCACCCUGAAUGAGAGGCUUCUUCAUCGGGUUGUCCCACAUGGACAGUCCUUCCAAGAUGAUUAUGCUGGGAUCUUCCACUUUCAAUUCUGGCAGUUUGGUGAAUGGGUCGAUGUUGUGAUAGAUGACAGAUUGCCUGUUAAAGAUGGGGAGCUGAUGUUUGUCCAUUCCGCUGAGGGCAAUGAAUUCUGGAGUGCACUACUGGAAAAGGCUUAUGCCAAGCUUAAUGGCUCCUAUGAGGCUCUGUCUGGAGGAAGCACUACAGAAGGGUUUGAGGACUUCACAGGUGGUGUGUCUGAGAUGUAUGAACUCCGUACUGCACCCAGAGAUCUGCACAGGGUCAUCAGCAAAGCCCUGGAGAGAGGCUCUCUGCUGGGCUGCUCUAUCGACAUCACCAGUGCUUUCGACAUGGAAGCUGUUACAUUCAAGAAGCUCGUGAAGGGCCACGCCUACUCAGUCACUGGAUUGAAAGAGGUUGAUUUCCGUGGCAACAUGGAACGCCUGAUCCGAGUACGUAACCCAUGGGGCCAGGUGGAGUGGACCGGUGCUUGGAGUGACAAUUCCCCUGAAUGGGAUGAGAUUGACCCUUCUGAACGAGAAGACCUGCAUCUUAAAAUGGAAGAUGGGGAGUUUUGGAUGUCCUUCAGCGAGUUCAAGAGGCAGUUUUCUCGGCUAGAGAUCUGUAACUUGACUCCCGAUGCUCUGAGUGAGGACACUCUCAGCUACUGGAACACCAUGAAGUUCUAUGGCAUGUGGAGGAGAGGCAGCACUGCUGGAGGAUGCAGGAACCAUCCCAACACAUUUUGGAUCAACCCUCAGUAUAAGAUCACGUUGUUGGAAGAGGAUGAUGACCCAGAGGACGAUGAGGUGGCAUGCAGUUUUUUGGUAGCUCUCAUGCAGAAGGAUCGCCGACGAUAUCGGCGCCAUGGUCAGGACAUGCACACCAUUGGCUUUGCUAUCUAUGAGAUUCCAGAAGAGUACAGAGGCUGCCAGAAUGUCCAUCUGAAGAAAAAUUUCUUUUUGACCCAUUCAUCAUGUGCUCGCUCAGAGACCUUCAUUAACCUGCGAGAGGUGAGCACACGGAUUCGUCUGCCCCCUGGAGAGUACCUCAUCGUCCCCUCCACGUUUGAGCCCAACAAAGAGGCUGACUUUGUCCUCAGAGUCUUCACUGAGAAGCAGUCAGAAACUGAGGAAAUGGAUGAUGUGAUCUCUGCUGAUUUGGGAGAUGAGGAUGAAAUCACUGAAGAUGACAUUGAUGACUCUUUUAAGUCCAUGUUCGCUCAGCUAGCAGGAGAGGACAUGGAAAUUUCUAUUCGCGAGCUUAGGACCAUCCUGAACAGAGUCGUCUCACGGCACAAAGAUCUGAAGACCGAUGGCUUCAGUGUGGAAUCAUGUAGGACCAUGGUCAACCUGAUGGACAAAGAUGGCAGUGCUCGUUUAGGGCUGGUGGAGUUUCAGAUCCUCUGGAACAAGAUCAGAAAAUGGCUAGUCAUUUUUAGACAAUUUGAUCUUGAUAAGUCAGGGGCCAUGAGCUCAUAUGAGAUGCGUCUUGCUGUAGAAGCAGCAGGUUUUAAAUUGAAUAACAAAUUGAACCAGAUUCUGGUCGCCCGGUAUGCAGAGAAUGAGGUGAUUGACUUUGACAACUUCAUCUGCUGCUUGGUCAAGCUUGAAGCUAUGUUCAGGUAUUUCCAGCAGUUGGACAAGGAAGGGUCAGGAGUAGCUGAGAUGAGUAUUACAGAGUGGCUUUACCUGACAAUGUGUGGUUGAAGAGGACUGUCUGUACUGGAGGGUACAGUGCCUGUAUCCCAUAGCCCUGCCAUGCUGUAGCCGUGAAGACCCUUCAACCUUAGCUGACUAACUGAACACCUCCCUUUAACACAUCCCACCUCAACAUACUUAAAGUAGCAAAAAAAAAAGAAAAAACUGUAAUGGAAAUCCAAAGUCCAAUCAAGUGUCUCCUGGCCUAAUUUGCUAUACAACUAUGCAAACCUACAGUAUGAAGCAGUAACUGUGCCACAUGUGUCAUCUAUGUA